AUGGCUCCAAUCCAGAGAAAAGUACACAUUAACGUUGACUUGGGAGAGGGAUAUGGAAACUUCAAAGCUGGACCAGAUGACGAACUCAUUCCACUUAUCGACCAUGCCAACGUCGCUUGUGGCUUCCAUGCUGGAGACCCAUUAAUCAUGCAAGAAACCGUAGAGAAAUGCAAGCAGCACAAUAUCCUCRUCGGCGCACAUCCCGGGCUGCCUGACAUUCAAGGGUUCGGCCGUCGCGAGAUCAAGAUGUCGCCCGAAGAACUCACUGCCAUGGUUCGAUACCAAGUCGGUGCUCUUCAAGGAUUCUUAACGGCAGCCAAUGUCCCCUUGAACCACGUCAAACCACACGGCAUUCUGUACAGUAUGAUGUAUCGGGAUAAGGAUAUCUGCAGAGCAGUGUACAAGGGCGUACCAGCCGGUGUGAGAGUCUUUGGACUAGCUGGAACUUUUCAUGAGGAGGUAGCAAAGGAGCUUGGUCUUCCUUUCACCGCUGAAUUGUACGGCGAUGUCAAAUACUCUGCCGAUGGUAGACUUGUGAUCGAUCGUAAGAAGAAGGCAUGGACUUCUGAAGAUGUACACAAGCACAUCUCAAGUCAACUUGAAAAUAGCUCCGUUAUUGCAGUUACUGGCGAAGAGGUGGAAUUGCCAGUCGGGCAGCAUGAUGUCUCUUUGUGCUGUCAUAGCGAUAGUCCUGGUGCUCUGGAGAUUGUCAAAGCUGCCAGGAGUAUCAUCUCCGAUUUUAACAAGAAGAUGAAGUAUGCGUAG